GGAGUGAGAGGUCCUCCCGAUCUCCAGGGGGCGGGAGUGAGAUUUCCUACAGACCGUCCUUACGUCAGCUGUCUAUGUUGCGGGCCGACGUCAGGUGGCGGUGAGAGGGAGAGGCAGCGACUCAGGGGAAACAGUGUGAUCCUGAGGAUGGAGGAGUAUCCGGCUGGGGAGGAGAUUUCCUUCAAUGCAGAUGAAACCAGCAAUAUUGUCAAAGAGUGCGUUGACAAUAUUAUUGGAGGGGUUGAUUAUAAUCACAGCAAGAUCAAUCAGUGGACUGCAGCUGUAGUUGAACAAUCCCUGAUGCAUUUGGUUAAAAUGGGAAAACCGUUUAAAUACGUUGUGACUUGUGCGAUAAUGCAGAAAAGUGGAGCUGGUCUCCAUACAGCAAGUUCAUGUUACUGGGAUAGCAACACUGAUGGAAGCUGUACCGUGAGAUGGGAAAACAGGACCAUGUAUUGUGUCAUCAGUGUUUUUGCCGUCAGCCUUAUGCUGUGAUGUACAGGAUGUACUUGUCUGCAUUGCCAUCCCUAAACACCAACUCUUAACAUGUGUAUAUAAGAGAGAGACCAUUUAUUUGUAAAUUAGGACUAGCAUGCAUUGUUUGUGGAUGAGGCAUAAUAGUGUACAUUUAAUCAAGAGGUACAAAGCAGAAAUCCAUUCCUUACAAGGUUACAUCUUGUUUAAUCCAUACUAUUUUUAAUGGACUCCUGACUUUGAUUUAAACAUCCACUAAGCAUCACCAGAACUGGCUUUUGCUUUCUAUUUCAUUGCACUAUAUUCAUGCUGUGGAAAAAGUAUCCACUAUAGAGAUUUCAUCAGCAAAAAUACAGCUAAUUUUCAUCAAUCUUUGCCAUUUGGAAGAUUGGAUUUAAUUGUUACCUUAUUGUGUUGUAAUAGACAACUGAUGUAGGUCAGUUCAAAUAACCUGUUGUAUAUGCUGUUUAAUCAACUAUCAACUCUUUGCUGCAGUCUACAUCUGGCUGAAUCAAACAGUCUGUUUCCUAGAUAAUAUUAAAACUACAGUGAAAUUAGUUAGUUAUGCAAAAUUCACGUUUCCUUAUUUUAUCUGGUUUUUAUUUUCCAAAUCAUGCAUUUUUGAUUUGAAAGAAAGUUUCCAGAAGAAGAACUUGACUGGAUAAAAUAAUCCAUUUCUUUUUAGAUGUUUGAGAGAUUAUCUUGUUCAUUCUGUAAAAUUUAAAAAUUACUGAUGUUUAAUAUAUGAUGUUUGAUGCUUGACAAAAUACAAUGUUUGCAGCGUAGUAGAUCAAAGUUCUGAAUAUUUGAAUAUGUUGACAUUAUGAAAUAUGGUAACUAGCAUUGUUUAGGUAUCUAAAGAUGUGAUGUUGGGAUUAAAAACAGAGUCUGAAUCAAAUUUAAAUGCCAAUUGAAUUUUCCCCAUGAAUGAAUUGGGCCAUUAUAACUGCUGCAUGAUGUAAUAGUUACACCUUUGAUAUUUUAACAGCUUUCUUAAUUAGUAACUGACUAAGUUGGGUAUUGAGAGACCCCUGCAUCCCUCACUGAAGCAGCAUGUUGCUUUACAGUUUACACACUCCUUACAGUGUGUAAUGAGUUGGAAAUGCUUCACACUACAUAUACAUCAUAUGCUAUCAGGUAAAGUUGUCGUUUUCACUUAAGCAAGGUGAAAUACAAUAUAGUAAUCAAAACAUUGCUUUAAUGUUCAGUAAUUUCCUGCACUAAAUUGUAAAUAAAAUUUUCCUCUGAUAUUAAAGGGUGAAGUCUUUUUAAAGAAAGGUAUUGCAUUUGAACUAUAAUUCUCUUUUAAAACUGGGUGUAGAAAUUCGAAUGCUGUUUUUAAAAAAGACUGGGGAUUUUCCUUUGUUCAAUAUUGACAGAAUGGCAUUCAAUAAAAUUAUGUUAACUAUAUUAAAGAAUAUAACUACAGUCAAAUCAAUCAGAUUAAAUCUGGAUGAGAGCAGAACUAAUAUUUUGUAUUCAACAUUAAAAUAUUUUGCUGUGACUAAUUUUGUAAACAUAUUAAUUGUGUGAAAGAUGACGUACAUAGGAAGAUAUUUCAGUGGUGAAAAAAAUUAAUCUAAAAGUUAUUGUAUUUCAAUUUAAUUGUUGACACGUAAACAACUUCAGCGAAAAAUUGUGUGGGUGACAAUGUGUGGCUAAUGAUUGGAUCUUGAAUUUGUUUAAUUAAAUUGAUCAAAAGCCGAUAACUACAAAUACAUUAAAUAGUAGUUUUCAUGGUGGCCUAACAGAAAGGAACAACUUGAAUUUAAAUAUCACCUUUCAUUGCUUCUGGAUAUUAACGAAGUACUUUCUGAAGUGUUACACUGUUGUAAUGAAGGAAAUGCAGCAGCCAACUUGCUCACAGCAGGGUCCCAGAAACAACAGUUUAGUAAUGACGAGCUAAUGUCUUUUUGGUUAUGUUGAUUGAGAAUAAACAUUGGACAUAACACCGGAAAUAAUAGCGUGUGAUCUUUUAUUAUCGGUUUAGAGGAAAGGUGGUGCCUUGCUUUAAUAUCUCAUACAAAAGACUGUAUCCCAAGCAAUGCAGCAGUCUCUCAAUGUGGAAAUGUCUGCUCAGAAUGUCAUGCUCAGUCUUUGGAAUGGUGCUUGAACUCACAAGCAAAUGUCUGAACUGAGUUGGACCAGUUGUGUCAUGGUUGACUGGGUUUUAUGCCAUUUAGUUUUUGUUUAGAGCUCAACCACUGUUGUAGGCUAAAGGCUAAAAAUUAUUUUAAACAGUUGCUUCCACUAUUAACAUGGCAAACUUGGAAUUCUGAAAGAACAGUAAUUUUGAUUCUUAAAGCAUGAAUGAAGUGAUCUAUAGUGCAAUUAAUAAAACUGCUUUUGCAGCUUUAACAUCCUUGAUUCCAUUAGUCUCUCUAAGCUGAACAGUGCUUUUACUGGGUAGUCUUUUAUCCAACCAGAAAUCUUUAGAACCCUUUUGCUCUCAAUCACUAGUAGAUACCUGUGGCAGUGGCAGUGGCAGUGCCUGGAAGUCACCUGCAGUAACAAAAUGAAUAUAAAGACCUUAAGUAGUACACUGGUAAAUCUCUAAAAUGUCAAUUUCAAUUUCAGAUAUACUAAGUUGUAAUUAAGAUCUGGAAAAUUACUUCUCAGAGCAGUAAAGAAUAAUGUUUCCUUGAUUAUCCAGAAAAGUUUACCUAUGGAUACCUUCAAUCACUGACAUCAGUUAACUGUUUGUUUUCCUUUUCCUUCUAUACAUGUUUUCUGAUUAAACCAUAAUGUUCUGUAUAAACUUAA